UAGUUGAAAACAUAACAUAAAAGAACGAGGGAAAUAUUGGUCGGCUGAGGCUAGUUCUGAUAUCGAGUACACGAGUCGAAUUAAAAUGACAAAGGUCGCAACACUAGUUGUGUUCAUCUCUGUCAUCCUACUAUUCAACUUAGUUGUGGCAUGGGAAGUGGAUGGCGAUGAUGUGAAAUGGUGUGAAUUCACGGACGAAUUUGUUGGAGGAUGCGGGCCUGAACAAUGCUAUAUAGAGUUUUUAGGCAAGUAUGGGAAGUACGGGAAUGUGAAUGCCACAAAUUGCAUAUGUAACAGCACUCCUUCUGGCUCUCUCCAUACAUGUGCUUGCCAAGUUCACUGUGGCGUAAUUCCACCACAGCCGCCUAUUUAAUUCUCAUUCAGUACUCUAUUAUUAAUUAAUUACGAUAGAUGGUUUUUUGUGACCUGUAGUAAACAAAUUAACAAAUAAAUUGAAAUGGAAUUUGAUCCAAUAUGAUUCUAUGUAAAAAAGGAAGAUAUGAUAUAUUAUGGAUAUAGUAUCGUUUUCUUUAUAGAAAAAUUCAAAAAUUCCAUUUUGUUGUAAGAAAAGGGCGUUAAGGGC